AUGGACAACUACGCUGCCAAUGCGAAUCGAGAAUCUGUGGUCCGACUAUGUGAGGGUACCACCUUCUCGGAACGCGAAGGAGAAGGGUCGGAGGUGUCAGAGUUCUCGGAAGUCGACUCGGGAGUGGAUAUCGAGUUUGGUGACUGGUCGAAUUCUGAUCCGUCUUCGGUGGUGGUUCUGCGGUUUUUUGAGAGUCGAGAGGGGGAGUCGCCGACUCCCCCUCGUUCACAUUCCAUCAUCUUCUUCCUCCGAGUCGUUAUCCCAACCCUCAACUCUUCUUCUUCUUCGAAAAUUCCCUCUCCUCCUCCCUCGUCCUAUCCAUUCAUCCCAUCUGGUGAUUUCAUUAACAUUUCCGAACCAAAACUUGAACCGACCCGCGCGAAAUUCGAAUUGAUCCUUUCUCUUCUGGCGCUUGGAGUCGAUGAACAGACAGAGGGUGCCUGUGGAGGCAGACGAUUCGGUGGCCCAUCAUCUGCGUCGGAGUUAUGGGAGGGUGAUAUGAUGAAUGCAAGGGGGGGGUGCCCACGAAAUGGGGGGGUUGUAAAUCAACAGCCCUUUUAUUUCGUACGUUUCCUGAUCUGCGUGGAGGCGAUCAUGAUGGAGGCGAUCAUGAUGGAGGCGGUAAUCAUGGAGGCGAUGACGAUGGAGGUUUCAACACAAAAUGACCUUGGGUGUAUACUGCAGAUGACCUUGGGUGUAUACAGCAGUGGACCAACGUAUCAGUAUUAUCCAUCAAUAGACACCGCGUCACGCGUGUGCGCGCUCGUCUUGUUUUCUUUCGAACUCGAACUCGAACUCGAUGUAGAGAGGAAUGGCGGGUGGAUGAGGGAGAGGAAUGGUGGGUGGAUGAGGGAAUGGCGGUAGCCGGCACGUAAUUGGAAUAGGCGGCACCUAAUCGAGAAGCAAACCAAACCUCUUUCUGUAAGUGUACUGGCGUUUUCCUCAGCAUCGGACAGG